AUAUUAGAGUAGACUUCGAUGACGUGCAAAUACACGAGAUAGACAGACCUCUUUAAAUAAGGCCAACCCCUUUUCCCCACACACACACACUCUCUUUCUCUCUCUUGUCCUUUCCUUGGUAACAGUAACACACCACCACCCCAGGCCCAUCCAGGACCAGUUCAGUCGCCAGGCGCCGUUUCUCUUUUCUCUCACUUCUUUCUCUCUCUGUGAUGGUGUAAAUGCCCCAACUAUCUUCAUAUAGUAAUCCUUGACCAAUCUCCUUUCAAAAUUCGAACAAGAAAACCAUGUUACCACAGUGGCUGCAAGUUCUUCUCACUGAGAAAUUCUUCAACGCUUGCAUAAUUCAUGAAGAGGCCAAAAAGAACGAGAAGAACAUCUAUUGCUUGGACUGUUGCACCAGCAUAUGCCCUCACUGUUUGUCCCCUCACCACUCUCAUAGGCUCUUACAGAUUAGGAGGUAUGUCUAUCAUGAUGUUAUAAGGCUCGAUGAUGCUGCCAAGUUGAUGGAUUGUGCCUUUGUCCAAUCAUACAUAACAAACAGUGCCAAAGUAGUAUUUAUAAACCAAAGGCCACAGACGAGGCAGUUUAGAGGCUCCGGCAACAUCUGCAGUACCUGUGACAGAAGCCUGCAAGACCCAUAUCUCUUCUGCUCCCUCUCCUGCAAGGUUGCUUCGACUCUUUUAUUAUUAAUUAUUAUUAUGGGUCCAGACUCCAUACAUCCAUCCCCACUUCUGCAUUUUUCGUUUUUCUUCCAUGUCUCACUGCUAUCUUCAAUUAUUUCAAUUACCCUUUAUACUUUUUCGUCUAUAAUCUCAUCUGGGUGUCUCUUACUUCUCACUUAAUUUUUGAUUUUAUAUGCUAAUCCACAGAUUAAUUAUUUCUUGAGAACGCAUGGUGGGCUCUCGCAGUUGAUUUUCGAUUGCAAGUUCUUAUCUUUGCCGGAGCCAGGUUUGGACGACGGUGAGAUGACACCUGACUCGGUCCUCGAAGCCGCCGGCUCUACCAGGACAUCUUCCGAUUCAGAUGGGCACGACGGAGACUGGUGCAGAACGCUUGCUUGCACUGCCACAACCGAGAUCGUUAGAAAGAAGAGGAGCAGCUUGAAGGUGUGCCGGUCGAUAUGCUCUCCGGUUUCGGAAGUUUCAGCGAAUUUAAUUAACCGGAGAAAGAAAACUCCACAGAGAGCUCCACUCUACUGAAUUCGUAUGGGAGGGGAAAAACAUGGGAGAACAGAAGUUGGGAUAUAGAUUGAAAAUUAUGAUUUUAAUUAGGGGCAAUUCAGGGAUAGAAUAGAUCUCCCAAUUUUGAUUUUGUAGUUCCUCCUCUCUUAAUCCAAAAUUGUUCAAUGGCUUGUUCUUUUUCUUCUUCUUUUUUUAUCUCCUUUCUUGGCAAAGGUUUAAAUGAGGAAUAGUAUCAUUAUUGGCUGUGUUUCUGCAUUGUUUUUUUAUACCAAUUAUUUUUAUUUAGA